CCCCCGUCCCCCUCAGAUCGUCUCGGGGGCUCCCCGCCCGCGCCAGCGUCUGGGCACGUCUCCCCGCUAGUGGCGCUUUCCACGCACGUCCCCGCACUUAACCUCUGCGCGCCCGGCGUGGUGCUGGCGGCGGGGAGUGCGAGCCUGCAGCGGCAGCCCGGCGGACCAUGACUUGCUACCGGGGCUUCCUGCUGGGCAGCUGCCGGCGCGUGGCGGGUGGCCGGGCGGCUCUGCGGGGCUCGGGUGCGGACGGCCGGCGGCACCUGGGGCACGGGCAGCCGCGCGAGCUGGCGGGCCGCGGUAGCCGCGCAGACGGCGGCUUCCGCCCCUCGCGGGUGGUGGUGGUGGCGAAAACCACCCGCUACGAGUUCGAGCAGCAACGGUACCGCUACGCGGAGCUCUCGGAGGAGGACCUGAAGCAGCUGCUUGCAUUGAAAGGCUCGAGCUACAGUGGGCUACUUGAACGACAUCAUAUUCACACCAAAAAUGUAGAACAUAUAAUUGAUAGCUUACGGGAUGAAGGGAUUGAGGUUCGUCUAGUGAAGCGGAGGGAGUACAGCGAAGAAACCGUGCGAUGGGCAGACGCGGUCAUCGCGGCCGGAGGUGAUGGCACAAUGCUCCUGGCAGCGAGUAAAGUUUUGGACAGACUUAAACCUGUCAUUGGGGUCAACACGGAUCCAGAACGGUCUGAAGGUCACUUAUGUCUGCCUGUCCGAUACACACAUUCCUUCCCUGAAGCCUUACAGAAGUUUUCUCGUGGUGAGUUCAGGUGGUUGUGGAGGCAGCGUAUCCGGUUAUAUCUGGAGGGGACUGGCAUAAACCCCACUCCCGUGGAUCUUCAUGAACAGCAGCUGAGUUUGAAUCAGCACAGCAGAGCCUUCAACAUUGAAAGAACCGAAGAUGAAAGAUCCGAGGCUUCAGGACCCCAGCUUUUGCCUGUGCGAGCACUCAAUGAAGUCUUCAUUGGGGAGAGUCUGUCAUCCAGAAUGCCUUAUUGUUGGGCUGUAGCAGUGGACAAUUUAAGAAGAAGUAUACCCAAUCUAAAGGGACUGGCUUCCUACUAUGAAAUUUCAGUUGAUGAUGGCCCGUGGGAAAAGCAGAAGAGUUCCGGCCUCAAUCUGUGUACUGGCACAGGAUCAAAGGCCUGGUCAUUCAAUAUCAACAGGGUUGCAGCUCAGGCUGUUGAAGAUGUAUUAAAUAUUGCAAGACGACAAGGAACUCUGACUCUCCCAUUGAACAAAGAAUUGGUAGAAAAAGUAACAAAUGAAUAUAAUGAAUCAUUGCUCUACAGUCCAGAAGAACCCAAAAUACUUUUCAGUAUUCGAGAGCCAAUAGCAAACAGAGUGUUCUCAAGUAGCCGUCAGCGUUGUUUCUCCUCAAAAGUUUGUGUCCGUUCUCGAUGUUGGGACGCCUGCAUGGUCGUGGAUGGAGGGACUUCUUUUGAGUUUAACGACGGAGCGAUUGCUUCGAUGAUGAUCAAUAAAGAAGAUGAGCUUCGAACAGUGAUUCUAGAACCGUGAAGGAUUUCCUCAAGAGACAGAUCUGAUUACUAGAAACAUUUUUUUCAGCAGAUACAGAUGACCAGCCAUAAACCUACAUUAUUUCGGUUCUUACUGAGACUGGCUACCACUAGAGUCAGAGGUGACAGAGUGGGAUCCAUGUGCUGUUCUGUUCCAUUCUGCUAGACAACAGCUAUUCACCAUGGGGGAGAGACGGACUAUAUGGGUUAGAAUGAUGUUGGUGAAGUUUCUAUAUUAUUUACAGUUGGUAACCAAGAGUAUUGAUAUGCUUUAGAAAGGCAGGUUAAAUAAAUAAGUAUUUAGGAUUUCAAAUUUAACUCUACAAGCCUUUUUGUUUUUGUUUUUUUCUUCCUAACUUUGUGGAAUUGGCUGUGUGUCAUUUGAUUAGUGCAUUAUUUUUAUAGUACCUAAAACUAAAGAUUUUUAAAAAUUUUGAUGGAGAAUUUUGAUAAAUCAUGAUGUUGACAUAACUGAAGUUGGUACAUGUGUUUUUAUAAAUGUUAAGAAUUUUCUAAUUCUAGGAAAUAAUGAUGAAAUCACUAUUAAUUGAAAAAUAUCAAAUCAUUUAAAAAUAUUUGUAGGUAAAUUCUGACUUCUUUUGGUUAAUAUCAACAAUGAUAGAUAAAAUACAUCUUUUGGAAGAAAUCAUGCCUUGUAAAUGUAUUAAUUUUUCCAUAGCAAUUGUUGGUCAAACUUUUUGUUUUUUGAAAAAUAACUUGAUUCCAGUAGCCCCCCCCUCCUGUUUUUGAAUCUCUAGUAUGAACUCAAGGAUUAGAAGGAUAACCAGGGAGCAUGUUCUGUUAAGAGUUUGGUAAAAUGUUCAAACUUUCCUUUAGUUUUAGGCAUGUCAGCAAGAGAAUAAGACAUAGUUUUGGAAUUGCCUUACUUUAGCAUUGUGGUUUUCAUUUACUGUAUUCCAAAUUUUAAACAGUAGCUUUAGAUGAUAAAACGUCAGCGCCCCCCCCCCCCCCACUAUGAAAACCACUUUAUCUUUGAAGGAAAUAAUUUUUAUGUAAUUCUUGGUCUCUGUAAAGGUAAUUAAUUUCCACAAAGAGCUCCCACUGCUGAUUGAUAAAAUGGUGUUCUGUGCCCUUGCUCAGCAUGGAAUAGAUUUCACUUGUUUUUCCCAUUGACAAAGUUUUUAUUGAAGACUCAUUCUGUGCCAUCUGUCACGAUAUGUCAUAUAAUGAAGUGUCGGAUAGACAUUGAGAUAGACCGUUGGUGGAACUCAAGCCUAGUAAUACCUGAAAGCUAGGACACAUGAUCAGAUAGAUCAAAUGCUCUUAGCUUUGCCAAAUUCAACAUGCUGCUCGUUAUUAAAAAUGAAUGUCAGUGUGCAGGGCAGUCUAGCUUCGUCCAGGUUCUACUGUUCAUCCAGAACGUGUUUUCUGGAGACUUCAGCAGGAGAUACGUUAGUGUUUUUGCUGAGCCAAGCCUUAAUUUCUAGUUUAAUUUUUUAAAUGAUAUAUUUAAGAUACCAGUUUAUAAUGGAAGUUAAAUUCCACACUAUAGAAAUUCCCCUAAAAAGCUUAAAAUACCUUGUUAGGGAAAAAAAGCCACUCAUAUCCUUACUGUAUCUGGGAAACCUGGUUGUCCAUGAUUUCCCACAGAUGUAUUAAUAUGUCCCACUGACUGGUAACUAGCUGUGUGGAGUUGUUCAUAAGCCACACUUGGAAAGAUAUUAAAAUGACUGACCGUGCUAUGUCCGCAGUCUAACCUCUGCUCUAUGGCAGGCAGGGAUUUAUUUCUAAUAGGUAAAUGGUAAAAAAAAUGUAAUACAUGGUGUCAAAAAUGUCUUUUUGAAUGGGAUAACCUUUAAUGACCACUGUAUGAAAAUAAAAUUAAACCAUUGUCUGUC